AUGGCAUCCACAGCCGACGCCGAGGCGUGGGAGACGGACGAGCGCGGCUACGUCUUUGAGGAGCGGCUCGCGACCGCGGCGGAGCACAAGGACCGCGGCAACGAGCACUUCAAGGCUGGCGAGUGGCAGAUCGCGCUGCGCCGGUACGAGCGCGCGCUCUACCACUGCGCCUUCGACCCGAUGCAGAUGUACGACCUGAUGGAGAAGCACAAGGCAGCCGCGUACGCCGUGCAGACGCCCGUCAAGCUCAACUACGUCGCGUGCGUGCUGCAAAUGCGCGAGGCGGGGCUGGACGUCGCGCCGGUGCAGGUGGAGGGCGAAGAGGAGCCGCGCGAUCCGCUGGACCGGUGCGAGGAGCUGAUUGGCGAGGUGCUCAAGGCCGAGCCGAACCACGCCAAGGCGCACUUCCGGCGCGCGCAGCUGCUCCGCGCGCGGGGCGACACACGUGCCGCGCAGGAGGCGCUCGAGGAGGCGGAGCGGGCGGGAGGCGGCAGCGCGAGC